UCGCCGCAGCCUCAUUUACGGGAGCCGGGCUUGGAGCCACAGCUGCUGCGGACCUGAACCCGAGCUGCUCCUGUGGCUGCCGCAGCUAACUCGCCGCGCACAGAACUGUCACCAUGCCCCACUCGUACCCAGCCCUUUCUGCUGAGCAGAAAAAGGAGUUGUGCGACAUUGCCCUCCGGAUUGUGGCCCCAGGCAAAGGCAUUCUGGCCGCAGAUGAGUCUGUAGGCAGCAUGGCCAAGCGGCUGAGCCAAAUUGGGGUGGAGAACACAGAGGAGAACCGCCGGUUGUACCGUCAGGUCCUGUUCAGUGCCGAUGACCGUGUGAAGAAGUGCAUUGGAGGUGUCAUAUUCUUCCAUGAGACACUCUACCAGAAAGAUGAUAAUGGUGUCCUCUUCGUCCGUACCAUCCAGGAUAAGGGCAUUGUCGUGGGCAUCAAGGUUGACAAGGGUGUAGUGCCUCUAGCCGGGACUGAUGGAGAAACCACCACUCAAGGGCUGGAUGGGCUCUCGGAACGCUGUGCCCAGUAUAAGAAGGAUGGCGCCGACUUCGCCAAGUGGCGCUGCGUGCUGAAAAUCAGUGAACGCACACCCUCAGCACUUGCCAUUCUGGAGAAUGCCAACGUGCUGGCCCGCUAUGCCAGCAUCUGCCAGCAGAAUGGGAUUGUGCCUAUUGUGGAACCUGAGAUCCUGCCUGAUGGAGACCAUGACCUCAAACGUUGCCAGUUCGUUACAGAGAAGGUCCUGGCUGCGGUGUACAAGGCCCUGAGUGACCAUCACGUGUACCUGGAGGGGACCCUGCUCAAGCCCAACAUGGUGACCCCUGGCCACGCCUGUCCCAUUAAGUAUAGCCCAGAGGAGAUCGCCAUGGCAACUGUCACUGCCCUGCGUCGCACUGUGCCCCCAGCUGUCCCAGGAGUGACCUUUCUGUCUGGGGGUCAGAGCGAAGAGGAGGCAUCUCUCAACCUCAAUGCUAUCAACCAAUGCCCCCUUCCCCGGCCCUGGGCCCUCACCUUCUCCUAUGGGCGUGCCCUGCAGGCCUCUGCACUCAACACCUGGCGAGGGCAACGGGAUAAUGCUGGGGCCGCCACUGAGGAGUUUAUCAAGCGGGCCGAGGUGAAUGGCCUUGCGGCCCAGGGCAAGUAUGAAGGCAGCGGAGAAGAUGGUGGAGCAGCAGCACAAUCCCUCUACGUUGCCAACCACGCCUACUGAGUACCCACUCCAUACCACAGCCCUCGGCCCAGCCACCUGCACCCAAUUUUGCCUGUAGUUACGGCCAGGGCCAAGUAGCCAUGAAGAGUGGAGAUGCCUCCACCCAGCACUGAGUCAUCUUCCUUUUUUCUCCUCCCCUCCCCUCUCCGAUUGCUGCACCUGGGACCAUUGGAUGGGAGGAUAGGGAGCCCCUCAUGACUGAGGGCAGGAGAACUUGCUAGAAGUCAGAGCAGGAUGCUUGGGUCUCCCCCGUGCCCCUGCCAGCCCCCACAAUUUCCCCAUGACGGGGUUGCUUCUCCUUGGGCUCUCCUUGCCCACCCUCUCUCCUGGGAUCAGAGGGUAGGGCACCAGAGCUGACUCAUGCUUUGGGUACAUACCACAUAGCAAAUAAAUGGUAGCAAAACA